GUCACGUGACCCGUGUGGCUCCGUACAGUAAGGGCCCGGCAUGGCGGCGGCUCACGGGCGGUGAGAGAGGUUCCCAGCGCAGAAAUGCGGGACCCGGCCAGGAGGAGACGACGGCGGAGGAGGAGAAGGAGGAAGGGCAGGACCUGGGCCGAGGCCGCUAGGACGGUCUUGGAGAAGUAUCACAACACGCCCAUGAGCCAUAAGGAGAUCCUCCAGGUCAUUCAGCAAGAAGGACUCAAGGAGAUCAGCGGCACGUCUCCUCUCGCCUGCCUGAACGCCAUGCUCCAUACCAACUCCCGCGGGGACGAGGGCAUGUUCUACAAGGUCCCGGGCAGGAUGGGGGUCUACACGCUGAAGAAGGACGCCACCGACGGGGUGAAGGAGAUCUCCGACUGCUCAGACGACAGCAGCGACGCGCAGUCCGACUCCCAGGGCUCCGAGCACAGCAGCAGUAGUGGAAGCAGCGCCAGCAGCAGCGGCAGAGCCGGCACCAAGGAGCGCAGAAGCAGCCGCUGGCGACAGAAAGUUGCUCCCAGACUGUCUCAGCCGUGCUCUCCCCCGUCAGGCUGCCCGUCUCCCUCCAUCCCGGCCGGGAAAGUCAUCUCUCCAUCCCAGAAGCACAGCAAGAAGGCCCUGAAACAGGCUCUGAAGCAGCAGCAGCGGAGGAAGCAGCAGAGACGGCCGGGGAUUCCCAUCACCUCCAGCCAGCACCUCCUGCUGAAACCCGUGAAGCCGACCAGCAACCCCUCGCCUGCCAAACCCAGCGAGCCCCCCGCAUGGCCGGCCAAGCAACCCGAAGGGCCCCCGAAAGCCCCCCAGACAGUGGGGUCUGACCCAGCGGCGGCUGCCAAAGCCGGAGUCUCGUUGCCCGGGCUGGGGAGGAAAACGCUGCCGCGAACGGACAGGCUUCAGGCCCGGCACCUGAAAAGGACGCGCUGCGCGGAGAUCGACGUGGAGACGCCGGAGUCCAUCUUGGUGAAUACGAACCUGAGAGCCCUGAUUAACAAACACACGUUCUCGCUGCUCCCCGGCGACUGCCAGCAGAGGCUGCUGCUCCUCCUGCCGGAGGGGGACCGGCUGGUUGGUCCCGACAGUCAGAUGAAGCUGAACAGCUCGGCUCUUAAUAACGAGUUCUUCACAUCAGCGUCACAGAGCUGGAGAGAGCGUCUGGGGGAAGGUGAAUUCACCCCCGAGAUGCAGCUACGAAUUCGUCAGGAAAUUGAAAAGGAGAAGAAAGUCGAGUCUUGGAAGGAGCGAUUCUACGAGAGCUUCUACGGAGAGCAUUCUGGUUUGAGUCUAGAUGACCUCAGUAAGCUGACGGAAGAGACUGAUGAGACCUCUGAUCAGAUCCGGCCUCCUGAGAUCACUAAAUGUGUCCCAGACCCAGAGCCGCCGGUCGCUGCCCCGCCAGCUGGUACCGACCCGAACGCGGGAGAACCCGCCAAGAACGACAAAGCAAAGAAGCCUGAAACGCCAGCGGAUGCCGGAGCCGCGCUGCAGCCGGACGGAGGAAUCGGAGCGAGGGCAGGGCCUGUUUCUUCAUCAUCAUCAUCAUCAUCAUCCUCCUCCUCCUCUGAGGUGACCGGAGUAGGAAGCACCUCAGGCCCGGAGAUGGCAUCUAAGCUGCUCCCAUCAGCGAUGGAGUCCAAGGAGACGGACGAGCUGCGGCCAAGCAAACCAAAGAGCCCUGAGCCCACCUCGGCCCGGCCGACGCUCGCGGCCCAGGACGCUCCUCAGCUUCCAGAUCCGAGUCCCGGAACGGCUGCCGGCGCCAAGAGGAAGCUGGACGUUGGUGACCAUGGUCCGGUGGAGAAGCAGCCGCGCAUGACGGAGCCAGUCCGUGCCUUAUUCCGGCCCGUCACCCAAUCAGCGCCUAACGAUGCAGAGCAGAAAGCAGCGCUAAUCGAGGUCGCGGGGCUCUUCCCAAAGCCGUUUCCCGCCAGCCGGGUCUCUCCCAGGCCCGCGUUUCCAGUCGCCGCGUCGAGUCCCGGCAGAACCGGAGCGAGGACGCUGGCGGACAUCAAAGCCAAGGCACAGCUGGCUAGAGCACAGAGAGCCGCCGCUGCCGCCGCCGCUGCCACAUCUGCUGCCUUUGGAGCUUCUGUCCCAGGUCCAGGGCCCGGUGGAGGAGGGGGUCCGGGGGACCCGAGGAGGGAGCAGGCGGACUGCCACAGUCAGACCGAGGGCCGAGUACUGGACGUGGGAAUUAUUGGAAGCAGGAGAGGUGAAAGGGGAGCUGCACCCCGGUCUACCGGCAGCCUCAGGGAGGCCCCCAUUGCAGGGCAGACGUCGGCUGACAGUGCAGCACGAGCACAACUACUCCAAAAACCCAGUUUACAACCCAGAAUACGCACCUUGCAGCCAGAGCCGUCUGCCUUCCCCGGCAUCUCCUCGCUAGACGAGCCGAGUGCAGGUAAAGUGAUGAACCUGCCGCCCGGAAGAAGGCCCUCCGUAACAUCAGGAACGUUGGGUGUCAUUAAGGACUCUGCGGCCUCCAUUACAAGAGAAAUGAGAGAACCAUCAGUAACGCAGGGUGUCAUCGGAGUCACCGGACAAUCCCAGUCGCACGCCAUGAAGCCAACUGACAUAUCUCCGGGGGCCACAGAAACAUCUUCUGUCCCACAGCAAGUCGGCUUAACGUCCGUUCCAAAGCCAAACGCCGCCCCUGGGUGUUCUACAGCAUCGCAGGUUACGGGAAGGUCGGACCGGUCGUCUGCCUCCAGCACUCCCCACGUGAGAGCGGCCAGGCCGAGCGCGAGUAUCCCGGCCAACAACCCACUGGUGACUCAGCUGCUCCAGGGGAAGAAUGUUCCGAUAGUGAAUAUACUACCUAAGCCACCGACCAGGGUGGAAAUUCAGCCGGUGCCCGCGGCUGCCAAGGCGACGCCAAAUGUAACCACGGGAACGUCGACAUCCGGCUUGGAAUUAAACGAUCAGGUCUGCGCGGAGAGACAAUCGAAUACGCCGGCCCAACAGCUGGAGAGGUUCCUCAGCCAGAGCCGACAGCUGGCGUCCGGGCAGAGAAUAUGGCAGCUGUUCUCGGGCCAGGAUUACGGCAGCAGAAAUCGGGUCCAACGCCAGGAAGAAGAGGGCUGCGUGAGGCGAGAACAGAGCCUACAGUCGCUCAUCAAAAAGAUCCAACAGGAGAACUCAGGAACCGCGUCGACCCCGCCGGCCUUCGAUUCGAGUCACUCGAGUCUCCAGGGAGAAAACAUCUCGACCAGUCAAAGAUUCAUGCUGGGCUUCACUGGCCGGCGGACGUGUAAACCGGCCAUGUCCGGUCACUACCUGCUGAACAUAUCGACUUAUGGAAGAGUUCCGGAGAGGUUUAGGCAAACGAGCGCCAUCAGCCCUGAGAGCGGGAUGAGUUUAAAUGACCCCGACUACCCAGAAGACAGCGAAUCCGGGGACGAUGAGACGGAGUCCGGCGCGGAGAGCGGAGAGGAGAGCGUGGAGGACGCGGAUUCCUGCUCCGUUAACGUCUCCAAAAUAUUCUCCGCUCCCAAGCGUGAGCCGCCUUCCGACAACCGAGUGUCCGCUCACGGUCCAAACGCCGAGGCCGCUCCUACGCUCGACAUAAAGGAGACCGUUGAAGUUUUCACAAGAGGCGGCAUUUACGACGAAUCCAGCCUGGCUAGAGAGUUUAUCCAAGCAGCCCAGGCCAAGAUGGCCAACGUCCUGGGCGUGAAGAUAAAACCCAACGCGCCUGAGCUGUACAGGACGCAGCCCCCGGGCUCCCAGUUCCACCACCCUGACCUUCAGCCAGGUGCCCGGCCUUACGGGAGCCCCGCCGCUCUCCUCGGAUCCAGUUAUGGAGGCACAAUCAGCAUCUCCACCUCGACGGAUGUGAUGCACGGCUCGGCCGUCCCCGUAAGCGGGAAUCUGGGCUCGGCCAGCGCUGAUAACGUCGUGUCCUUCUCUGUGACCGUCACGACUCUCCCCUCCGGUCAUAGCGUCAACUCCGGCAGCUGCGAGCCGACGCUCUCCGUCCAGGCCUUCGCCGAGGACGACGACCUGAAGACCACCGCUUCCAAGUGCUACUGCCGCCUCAAAGCCAUGAUCGUCUGCAAGGGCUGCGGGGCUUUCUGCCACGACGACUGCAUCGGCCCGUCCAAGCUGUGCGUCUCCUGCCUCGUCGUCCGGUGAGAGCGCCGGAGUCCCGAGGAUUAGAGCGCAACUCGGGAGGGAAUCACGAUUUAAUCGGUUUAACCCUUUGCCGUGCAGCCACCGAGUUAGGUACUUUACAGGAGCCGCGUCGGCUUGGAAACUUCCGGAAACGUUUGCACUUAAAUCCUGUAAAUAGAUUUUUAAAGAAUUUUAAUACCUAAAA